AUGACUGCCACAGUACCUGUGCUGGCCGAAAUCACAUCGCGACGACAAGAUGAACCAUUUCUUCCGUUACCGUUCACCGGCACCAAUCCUCCACCGGAACUUAUAGCCCAAGGGGCCGAAGCAUUACUCUACCGGACUCAUUUUCUCUCUCCCUCAACCCCAGCUGCACUUAAAGUCCGGCCGAGCAAGCCUUAUCGGCACCCAACCCUUGAUGCCCGGCUGACCAAGCAGCGUGUUCUCGCAGAGGCGCGAGUGCUAGUCAAACUCUCUGCAUUGGCGAGUGAUCCUACAAACGAGAUUCAUGUCCCCGUCGUCCUGGGUCUAGAGUGGGACGCGGCCAGGAAAGUCAAAGGAUUGACUGAGGAUCGACGAGGUGUGAACACGGCUAGUGGUGGAGGACGAGCAUGGCUGCUCAUGGAAUGGAUUGAAGGUAAGAGUGUCAAACAACUGUUACAGGAGUGGGAUGCAUGGUUCACGAGCGUGGAUUCACGUGUUUCGGCGGAAGAGAUUGCCGCACAGGAACAGGAGGUGAAGAAGCUGCUGCGCAGGAUUGGAAGGGCUAUUGGUUCAAUGCACAAUAAAGGCGGAGUAAUUCACGGUGAUUUGACGAGCAGCAAUAUCAUGAUCCGACCGUUUGCCGAAGCCUCCCGGCCGAAUGGAGAGGAUGCGACAGACGAGACAAUUCCAAAACCACCAGAUCUCAGGGGGGAGAUUGUCCUGAUCGAUUUUGGACUCGCCACGCAGUCAGUACAAGAGGAAGACCGUGCUGUGGAUUUGUACGUUCUGGAACGAGCCUUUGAUUCUACACAUCCAAGGCAGGAGGGCUGGUUUGACGCUGAAGUGCUACAAAGUCAGGACGGAUACAGAGGCAGUUUUAAAGGUUCCAAUGCCGUACUGAGACGACUCGACGACGUCAGAUUGAGAGGCAGGAAGAGAAGCAUGAUCGGUUGA